UUCAAUUUUCUGAACUUUUAUGAACAUUGGGUUUUUUCUGAACUUUUAUUGUUAAAAAGGGGCACUGCGCCAGGAAUGGUACAUAUAUACUACUUAUGUGUAUUCAAAUAAUAUUUAAGGUUGCGGUAAAGUUUAUACCAUAAAUAAUGGAAUGAUUAUGGGUGGUGAAACAGCACCUAUUGGAACAGCACCGUGGAAUGUUGGUGUGUAUCGAUUUAAUACAAAAAACUCCAAUAAUUAUGAUUUGAUUUGUGGAGGAUCGAUUAUUUCUCCGAUCUUGGUCGUUUCUGCGGCUCAUUGUUUUUGGGGAAAAGGUAUGUUAUCUAAUAGAAUAUCAGUUAAUGACGGCCAGUACAAAAUUGCUGUCGGGAAAUAUUCAAGAAGCAUUACAAUAAUUGACAAUGAAUUUACUAAGAUAAUGAAUGUGACAACGGUUUAUCUGGGUGAAUAUUAUUAUGGACCUUCCGGGUUCCAUGCGGAUGAUAUAGCUAUUGUUGUGUUACAAAACAGAAUUUCUUUUAGUAUUGGUGUUUCACCUGUUUGUGUCGAUUGGAUGGGUAUACAUACUAUACCUAAUGGAGCUAAAGGAAAGAUUGUUGGUUGGGGACAAACGGAAAAGGGCAUCGACAGUCCUAUUUUACUGGAAGGAUCUUUGCCAUACAUUAACUAUACUUCUUGUAGGAAUAUGUAUACAAACGGAUUUGAAUCAUAUGUGACUAAAGAUAAAUUUUGUGCCGGUUCUACAUUGGGACAAGGAGCGCAUCAAGGGGAUAGCGGUGCAAGCUUAAGCUUUUCACACUCGAAUUUGUAUUAUUUAACCGGAGUAGCGAGUGUCAAGGAUUCAAAUACAAAUAAUUCAAUCGCAGUUUUCACAGAAGUUAAGCACCACAUUCAAUGGAUUCGUAGACUGUAUGACGAACAUAAUUAAUUAAAAAUAUACUAUAAAAUAAUUAUAAUAUAAGAUAUUAUAUACUAUUAAAAGAAUUUAGGCCAAUUGUAAUUGAUAUCAAUACUUGGAUAAAUAUUUUUUUUACUAUUGUGUAACAACUUUAACAGUUCAUAUUAUUGUUCAUUUAAAUUAAUUAUAAUAUGAACUUAUUUCAUUAUACAUAAUUUGUAGUACCAAAGCAUUAAAAUUGACAUGUAAUUAA